CCAGCUCUGAAUCCAGCGCCCACGCCUUACCCAGUUUCGGCGCCCUGGGGGUAUGCCUUUGGUCCCCUCUUAUUUUCGCCCCUGGCUUCUUUAAUGCAUCCUUUUUAAUACAUUAACGAGGACACUAUCCAAAAUAUAUCAGAAUCCCUGGUUUACAGUUACGAUGUACAAGAUUUAAAAUGUUUCCAUUUUCCCCUCACAGCGGAAUACAGCCAUCGAUUGGCUGUCCAUGGUCUACAUGCUGGCGUACAUCCCGUUCAUCUUUCCCGCCAAUUGGCUACUCAACCGGAAAGGCCUGCGAAUAUGCUGCAUCGUGGGAUCGUUGCUUAAUUGUGUUGGAGCCGGACUAAAACUGGCCAGUGUUUCUCCCGACCGGUGAGUCGCGUGAAAUAAACUACUUUGUGUGAAAUGUUUAUUUUCCAGAUUUAAAGACUUUAUACGGCAUGUUGGCAUAAAUGAGACAUUUGUAGGAAUGAGACUUUAUAUGGCAUGUUGUCACGAAGAAAUACAUUGUAGGAAAUGAGACCUAAUAUGGCAUGUUUGCACGAGGAGAAACAUUUGUAGGAAAUGAGCCUUAAAUACUUUAUACUGCAUGUUGGCAUAGACAUUUGUUAAAUGAACCCUUAUAGACGCCUGUAGGAAAUAAGACUUAAAGACACAUGUUGGAAAUGUGACUUACAGAUACAAGUAAGGAAUGAGAUUAUAGACACUUGCUAAAUGAAUCAUCCAGAAAUUAUCCUCGCUGCUUUACAGGGAUCCUCAGAUACCACCCUCCCUUAGAUAGCAUCUUGCCUUAGAUACCACCCUCCCUUAGAUACCACCCUCCCUUAGAUACCACCCUCCCUUAGAUACCACCCUCCCUUAGAUACCACCCUCCUUUGGAACCAUCUUGCCUGAGAUAUCACCCUCCCUUAGAUACCACCCUCCCUUAGAUACCACCCUCCCUUAGAUACCACCCUCCCUUAGAUACCACCAUCCCUUAGAUACCACCCUCCCUUAGAUACCACCCUCCCUUAGAUACCACUCUCCCUUAGAUACCACCCUCCCUCAGAUACCACCCUCCCUCAGAUACCAUCUUGCCUUAGAUACCACCCUGCCUCAGAUACCACCCUCCCUCAGAUACCACUGUCCCUUAGAUACCAUCUUGCCUUAGAUACCACCCUCCCUCAGAUACCACCCUCCCUCAGAUACCACCCUCCCUCAGAUACCAUCUUACCUUAGAUACCACCCUGCCUCAUAUACCACCCUCCCUCAGACACCACCCUCCCUCUCUCCCUCAGAUACCACCCUGCCUUAGAUACCACCCUGCCUCAGAUACCACCCUCCCUCAGAUACCACCGUCCCUUAGAUACCAUCUUGCCUUAGAUACCACCCUCCCUCAGAUACCACCCUCCCUCAGAUACCACCCUCCCUCAGAUACCAUCUUGCCUUAGAUACCACUCUGCCUCAGAUACCACCCUCCCUCAGAUACCACCCUCCCUCAGAUACCACUCUCCCUUAGAUACCAUCUUGCCUUAGAUACCACCCUGCCUCAGAUACCACCCUCCCUCAGAUACCACCCUCCCUCAGAUACCAUCUUGCCUUAGAUACCACCCUGCCUCAGAUACCACCCUACCUUUCGUAUGGAAGUUACUAAGUCAAAAUGAAAAUGAAGAUGGAUGAUUAAGGAAUAAAACUAAGGUAGGGGUUGUCUGUUCAACAUUUAAAAUCAACCACAUGUUUUGAAAGAACUUCAAUUAUUUCCCUUGCAGAUUUGGUUUAUUAAUGUUUGCUCAGGCCAUUUGUGCAGUCUCACAACUCUGGGUCCUGGGAAUUCCUGCCAGGUUGGCCGCUGUGUGGUUCGGACCCAAUGAAGUGUCAACAGCGACCUCUUUUGGUGUGUUUGGUAAUCAGGUAAAACUGGUUGACAUGAACACUGAAGUUAACUAAUAUAAUAUUGUGAUUGUUUGAAGUUAACAAAUAAAAUAUUGUAAAUGUUUGAAGUUAACAAAUAAAAUAUUGUAAAUGUUUGAAGUUAACAAAUAAAAUAUUGUAAAUGUUCGAAGUUAACAAAUAAAAUAUUGUAAAUGUUUGAAGUUAACAAAUAAAAUAUUGUAAAUGUUUGAAGCUAAUAAAUAAAGGUUUAAGUUUAAAAAUAUAAUAUUGUAAAUGUUUAAGUUAAAAAAUAAAAUUGUGUAAAUGUUGUAGAAUGUAGCCGGCAGGCAUUAGUCUAGAUCUAAAUGUUGACAUAAGAGCAUAGGAGACAUUAAGCCAAUGAGGACUUUCCACAUUAGGACAGAUGUGAAUAAUAGAUAAUAACAGACAUUCAUAAAACACGAUGAAAAAAUCCAUAUGACAUGAUGCUAUACUUCCUUGAUAUAUUAUGAUAUAUUUACAAAAUACAUGAUAAAAGCCUGCAUAAUACAUUGUAAAAAAUUCAUAAUAUAUGAUACAAUGAUAUAGUACAUGAUAAUAUUCUUCCAAAAACAUGAUGAUAUGCUUCCAUAAUGCAUAAUGAUAUACUUCCAUAAUACAUGACAUUUUUCAUAAUGCAUGAUGAUGCAUAAUGCCUAGAGGGCCAAUAAUUUAUUGUAUAUCCAAAAAAAGUCAAAUUUUAUACCCCACUGUUGCACCUGUAUGUAUUUGGGCUACCUCCACCCACUCCAAUGUAUAAGUGCAAAGAGCUGUCAAACCCAUAUCCCAAAUAAAUUUAAAAAAAAAAAAUUUUAAAUGACAAAAUAUCCAUAAAAAAAAAAUCACAGACAUCAAUAAUGUGUUAUGACAGACAUCACUAAUGCAUGAUGACAGACAUCCAUAAUUCAUGAUGACAGACAUCAAUAAUUAUAACAGAAAAUAUCAAACACAAGAGUAUCUAAAGAAUGAACUAAUCACAUCUUAAGACAGUUCAAUGUAUUUGUUAGUUCAAAAUUGAUUAGUUCAUGAUUAAAUUUUACAAGUUCAAUAUCUAUUAGUUUUUCUUGAGCUGGUAGCAUUUGAAUGUGAUUUUACAAACUUCACCUUUAACAUCAAUUAGUUUUUAAUUAUCAAACAGCAGGACACAUACAGGACACAUACAGGACUCAUACAGGACUCAUACAGGACACAUACAGGACACAUACAGGACACAUACAGGACACACCCAUGGACAUAAUUUUGUUGUUUACUUUGAUAUUAGGCAAUUAUUAAUCCGUUUUAUAACCAAAAAAUCUGAAACACUUGAGUUGAUAAAUAGGCCUGUAAAUUUUUCAACAGUUGUUUCAACCGAUUUUUUUGUCGACAGGUUGGCAUAGCGGUUGGGUUUUUGAUCCCUCCAAUUUUAGUCCCAAACUCUUCGGACUUUGAUGAUCUGACCAGACACUUCUAUAUCAUGUUUAUUAUUGGUGCUGUCGUCACCUUUGUAAUCUUUCUACUCAUAUGUAUAUGUAAGUAUCAUCAUAUGUAACUGUAAUUUCUAUCAUCUAUAACUGUAAAUUAUUUUAUAAUUGUUAUUAAAUGGUCUUAUAUAGCGCGGUACCCCAACCUAGAGCUAGGCUCACCCUGCUUCACAUAAAAAUUGGCAAAAAGAAAGAAAAAAGAAAAAUGACAUUUAAAAAACAGUGAAAUAAAAUUAUUCAUUUAAAAACAGCUUUGUAAAAAUAUUGACCUCACCCACCAAAGUACUAUUUACCCCUGUCUAGCCAUGGACGGCACCUAUCAGCAUCGAGCAUUUUUUAUUGGCUAUAUCUUUAAUUUAUAUCAUCUAUAUAUUUAUUUACAUGAUCUAUAUCUGUAAGUUCUAUCAUCUUUAUAUGUAGUUCUAUCAUCAGUAUUUGCAUGACCUGUUUUAUCAGCCACACAAUCAUAAAUGCUUAUUUUUAAAACAACUAUUACAUAAAAAAUGACAAAUAUAUAUAAAAUGAAGCUCAGAGUGAAUGAAAUCAAUUAAAAUUAAUGUAAUUGUGUAAUUAAUUUGAACAUAAUCUACAAAUUAUAAUUCAGCUUAAGUCUCCUUACAAUUACUGAAUUAGUGAUAAUCCAUUAUUGUCACAAACCAAUACCUUUCUUUCUGUGAAUCAACAAAACCAAUACCUUUCCUUUAUGUGACUCAACAAAAUAAAUACUUUUCCUUUAUGUGACUCAACAAAAAUACCUUUCCUUUAUGUGACUCAACAAAAUCGAUACUUUUCCUUUAUGUCAUGUGACUCAACAAAAAUACCUUUCCUUUAUGUAUGUGACUCAACAAAACCAAUACCUUUCCUUUAUGUGACUCAACAAAAAUACCUUUCCUUUAUGUGACUUAACAAAAUAAAUACCUUUUUAAUUUAUGUGACUCAACAAAACCAAUACCUUUUUAAUUUAUAUGACUCAACAAAACCAAUACCUUUUUAAUUUAUAUGACUCAACAAAACCAAUACCUUUCUUUUAUGUGACUCAAUCCUAGAUGCUAAUCACAUAAAUCUGUUUUUCCAAGUAUUCCAAGAUAAACCACCAAAUCCUCCAAGCAGAGCACAGCUGCUGUCCGUCGAAAAUGCAGCAAAUGAAAAUUAUCUUCAGUCACUGGUCCAUCUUUUUAAAAAUAAAGGAUUUCUGGUUCUUAUGGUUGCCUAUGGUAAGUGGGACAAUUCAUAAUUAUUUUGAAAAUUAAAGGUGAAUCUAUGUCACUUUAUCCUGUUCAUGUGAAUAUGAUAGAUAUAAAUUAAUAAAUAAUCAUCAUCAUCAGUAGCACUACAGCCCAUGUAGGGCCCUGGCCUGCUCCACCACAUCCUUCCACUCGGAGCGAUCCAUGUCUUUCCGUCUCCGUGCUCAAAUCCCCAACUGGUGUAAAUCAGUCUCCACAUCAUCAAUCCACCUCAUCCUUGGGCGACCGGUGAGUCGUCUGCCCCUAGGCUUCUGCCUGUAUAUUAUUAUAAUUUUGGCUCUUCUACAUUCCGGCAUCCUUUCAACAUGACCUGCCCAGCGUAUUCUGCCUUUUUUUAUCAUUGUGACUAUGGGUGGUUCUUUGUACAAAUAGUAAAGUUCUUGGUUUGUACUUAUUCUCCAGAUAUCAUUUUCUAUCACUGGUCCGUAUAUUUUGCGGAGGAUUUUUCUCUCUCAUGUUUUCAGCAGGUUCUCUGCUUUUCUGGUGAGGGUCCAGGUCUCACUAGCGUACAUUACUACAGGUCUUAUGAUGGUAGUGUAUAUUGUCUUCUUUGGUCCCCUUGAGAGGUUUUUGCUUCCCAGUAGCUCUUGUAGACUGAAAUAGGAACGGUUGCCUGCUGUUAUCCUUUCUUUCACCUCCGACAUUAUCUCAUUGUGCUCAUUUAUAGUUGCCCCUAGAUAUUUGAAUGUAGCCACUCUCUCAAAUGUGUGGUUGUUUAUAUUGAUGUUAUUAUCAGCAUGGGAGUUUCUUGACAUUAUCAUAUAUUUUGUCUUCGGUUCAUUUAUAUCAAGGCCAGCUUUGAAUGAGGCAUUUUCAAGUUCCCUGAAUGCUUUAAUUGUGUCAUCACGGUUUCUACCCAGUAGUGCUAUAUAUAUCAUCUGCAUAUGCCAGGUACUGCAAUGGUUGGCUAUAUAAGGUUCCUGAUGGUCGUUGUUCUGUAUUAUCUCUCUGGAAGUAGUUUGUUAUAGUUCCACUGGUGCUAAUGUGUAUGCUUCUAAUAACUUUUUCUAGCGUGAUGUUAAACAGGAUACAUGAUAGUGAAUCUCCUUGUCUGAGGCCCUGAUUAACUAGGAACUCCCUAGAGUAUUCUCCCUGUACCUUGAUUCUACUUUUGGAAUUGGCCAUUGUCAUUAUGUAUCAUACAUGUAUGAGCCAAGUAAGCUUGUUAGGGACUCCAAGUUCUUGUAGAGCUGUUUUGUAAUCCACAUAUAGUUGGUCUAUGUCAAUGUUAUAUUCGUAACAUUUCUCCAGGAGACAUCUUAUAGUAAAAAUAUGAUCCGUGGUUGACCUAUUCUGCCGGAAUCCACAUUGAUAGUCCCCUAGGAUCUGUUCACUAUACUUUUCCAAUUUUCUUGCUAUAAUUUUUGUGAGGAUUUUGUACAUUACAUUAAGAAGGGAGAUACCUCUAUAGUUUGAGCAUAUCAACUUAAAUUCCUUUUUGUAGAUUGGGAUUAUGAGUGCCGUGUCCCAUUCAGUUGGCAUUUCUUCCUCCUGCCAGAUUCUGGUUAUAAGUUCGUGUAUUUGCUUAUGCAGUUCGUUACCACCUAGCUUUAUGAGCUCUGCAGGGAUAAGGUCUAUUCCUGGGGCUUUGUUAUUUUUCAUGGUGGAGAUUACAUCUUUUAUUUCAUUUAAUGUUGGUUGGUUGACCAGUGGGUCCGGUCCUCCUGGUGGCGGAGCGUAAUCCUCAUUGGUUCCUCCACCUGAGCCAUUCAGUAGGCCUUCAAAGUGUUGUGUCCAUCUCUCUAGUACUCUACUGCUUUCUGUGAUCAAUUCUCCAUCAGUGCUUUCACAUGGGUGGGAUCUUGCUUGAAAGCCAUUCUUUUCCUGCUUUAUCUUUAGGUACAUUCCCCUCACAUCUCUUUCUUUUGCCAACUCUUCUAUCUUUACUAUUUUUUAUUUUUCCCAAACACGUUUUUUCUUUCAGCAAAUUUUGCUGGCCACCCUUCUUGCUUCAUUAUAUAAUUGUCGUGUUCUUCUUGUCUCCCUUUGCAGCAUCAUUAGCCGAGCUUUGUUUCUUUGUUAUAUAAGUUAUUUGCAUUCUGCGUCAUACCAUCCUGUUCUUUUCACUGCUGGUUUAAAUCCAAUCGUUUCCUCUGUUACACUUGUAACUAUUUGCUUCAUCUUUUCCCAUUGCUGGUUUAUAUCAAUGUUGCUGGCUGAUUCUGUUUUGGAUAAUUCUAGUAGAGUUUCAAUCUUCUGUUGAUAUUCCUCAGUAAUUUUUGGGUCCCUACUCAGUUUCUGACUAUUGUACUGUUUUUCUCUUUUAUUUUGUUUAUUGUGAAUGUUACAAAUUCUUUGCUUAUAUUUGAUUCUAACAAGCAUGUGGUCUGAGUCUAUAUCUGCCCCUCUACAAGUUUUCACAUCUGAUAUGUCCGAGCCAUGCCUCCGGUCGAAUUAAUAAAUAAAGCUUAUGAUAAUGUAAAGUUUUAAAAGAUACAAAAAGGACAUAUGUCUUCUGAAAGCCUUUAUCAGUGGACUUAUUAUUGCAAAAUCAACAUAUAAAUACAAAUAAUUUUUGUUACACCUUUUUGUUUGGUAAAUAAGUGUAAACCAUUAAUGCUUGGGUCAGAAUGACAUAAUACAUCAAUUGUCUUCCAAAAUAAAAAAAAAAAGAAGACUCAAAAAAAAAUGUGUUAGUUGUCUCAUUAAAGCAUUAAAUGUUGUGCUUUAUAAAUUAAUCUUUUCUCUAAGUACAGCUUAGACCCACCUCACCUCAAAUAUAAUAUUACCAUAUUUUAUGUGUACGUUAAAUGGUUUGAUUAACAUUAUGAGCUGUUACGUUUUAAUAAAGAAAUGAAACCUUAUUAUAAUCAGUUGUUAUUUUCUUUAAAUGAAUGACAGACUUAUUACCUGUAGUUUAAAACCUGUAGCUGCUAGUUGCUAUUUAAGACUCUCCCUUCCAGGUAUCAACACGGGUUCCUUCUACGCUAUUUCAACUCUCCUAAACACUAUAGUGCUCAACUAUUUUGAGGUGAGUAACUGACUGCUUCUCUAUUUCUCUAACUAUAUUCUCACUAUUUUUCAUUUGACACAUUGUUUAAUUCUUUUUCAGCCUGAAGGGUAACACCCUUGCAUUUUGAAAAAAAUAUGGUUUAUUAAAAAUGUAAUUUAACUGGUAGGAUAAAAAAAAAGGUCAAAUUGUUUUUAUGUCUCUCUUAAACAGUUUUCUUAUGGGGAAAAAUUAAGUGCCACUACAUAAAUUUCUCCUUUAUGAUUUUUUAUCAUAAUUUAACAAUGUUGUUUACUUUUUUUAAACUUACCCCAAAAAAAGCCAUCAAUUUUUUUAACAGCAAACUUAACAAAUGAAAUUCUCCUAAAAUUUUUAAUAAAUCAAAUUUAAUGGUUAAGCUUGGAUUUUCAGUUUUUGAAAUUUAUAUUUAUGCAUAUUUUAAUCACUUUUACUAGCUUUACUAAUAAUCUCAUUACAUUUGAAUAAAUGCACUGUGCACUGAUGUUAAAGUUUUGUUCCAUGUAUUCCAUUGCUUACAGUUGUUCUUAUUUUUAUUUAACCAUCCUUUUCUUAUCCUCAUUAGGUUCCUUAAACUAACAUUUUUUAUUAGAAAUAGAGCUAUAAAAUUAUAUUUGCAACAUAUUCCUAAUACCCAGUAUGUGCCUUGCUGUUGAUUGCAGAAUGAGGAAGAAAAUGCUGGUAGAAUAGGCCUGACCAUUGUCUUGAUGGGAGUAGCGGGGGCAGUGCUGGCAGGGAUUUGGCUGGACAAGACCAAGACUUUCAAGUUGGUAACAAGCAUGAGAAAGAGAGAUAGUGAGAGAGAUAAUGAGAGAGAUAGUGAGAGAGCGAUAGAGCCAUUGCUGUUCAUGCAAACUGGCAAAAUUUGGCUUAAUACUUGAAUGAAGUUUUAAUAGAAUUAUUUAUUUAGUUGUAUAAUUAGUUUGUUUGGUUAUGUCAUUGGUUAAGAAAAGAAAUUUUGGAACCUCUGGGUAAGAUCGAUGAAAUAUUUUACGCUAUUUUUUCAGAGCGACAACCAUUGCUAUAUAUGUCUUAUCGCUUGCUGGGACAGUAGCAUUCACUUUUACACUAGAUUUGGAAGCCAUUUGGAUUGUCUACGUCACUGCUGGAUCUUUGGGGUAACUUUUUGCAAAACAAACACACAAACAUAAUUAUUCUGAAAAAUCAGCAGAAGAAUGGUCAUGAAUCAAAUUUCUAAAACUUAGUUUUACUGUAAAACUUAAAAAGCAUUCAAAUGCCACAGCCUGUUGAAAGACUGUUGACUUGAUAUAUAUCCAGCAUGGCAUCAAUUUUAUUGUUAUGAUAAUAUUUUUGUAAAAUAUAUUUCUCUGCUUGAAAAGCUUCAGUUAAAAAUAAAAUUGCUUUUAAAAUUAUAUAUAUAUAUAUAUAUAUAUACUUAUCUGUAAAGAGUAUAAUUAAUAAUUUAAUGAUUCAUAGCAAAAUAGCAAAUUAGUCUAUUUGAAAAAAUAAAUAAAUUGCUUUUUCCACUACACCUAGACACUCGGUUAGAAAUUUUAAUUUUGCAGUGUGUGUCAAAGACAAUAUGAAGAAUCAUUUUAAUUCUUUAGGUUUUUCAUGACUGGGUAUUUACCAGUAGGGUUUGAGUUUGCUGCUGAACUAACUUUUCCAGAAUCUGAAGGGACAUCAUCUGGUUUACUCAAUGCAGCGGCUCAGGUUAGUUCCCCUUACAUACAAAAAAAAAAUAGUCAUCUGGAUUAUUUUUGAGAACUGAUGUAACUUGGAUAAUUAUCCGGUUUGUGUGAGGGUCUAGACCGUUAUUUCAUUUAUAAUUCUAUCCCUAACUCCCCCACACACACACUUUCCAACUUUCCUGUGCACUGCAAAUAAUAGGAAUCAGCUGUGCCAGAAGCUACUGUACCCAAAAAACAUCAUUUUUUUUAAAGACAAAUCUAUUAAUUAAAAUAAACCCUGUAUAUUUUAAAAUAAAAAUGAGUUUUCCCAAAACUUUAAACAUUUACAAUUUCAUGUAAAAAAAUGUGGCAAUGCAAUUUUUUUUCUCUCUUUCCUUUUUUAAAAUUGUUUGCUGUUUUAUCCUCAGAUUUUCGGAAUCAUUAUGACCAUUGGUAUGCGGGCCAUGAUGGAGUCUAUCAGUGUGCUGAGUGCCAACAUUACAAUGUGUUCAUUGCUUUUGGUUGGUGCCAUUAUAACAUGUGGGUAAUUUUUAUCAUCAUUAGUCUUAUUAUUAACACUCCACUGGUCCAAAGUAUAAGCCUGUCUCUUAAAGUUAAAAUAGCAUGGUCAUUAUUCUGUUUACGGUACCCAGUACCUUUGUGGAUCUAUGUAACAAUUAUAUUUUUAUAUCAUUUUUAUUUUACUGUAAUUUGCAGACCUUUAAGAAUGUAUUAAUUUUUAUAUAUAUUUUGUUUUGACAGCCUUGAUCAAAGCAGACUAUAGAAGACAAGAAGCAGGAAAGGCAGUAAUAGGAGAUGUUUUAAAAGAUACUGAAGAGAUUGUAGAUACACCUGAGGAAAACAAAGUUUUUAAAUCUCCAGCUAAAGGAGUUAACAAUCAACAAAAUAAUUCUUUAUAAAAAAAUGACCUAGGACUUAAACAUAUUCUUGAUUCAUGUGCUCAUUCAUUCUAUCAAUAUGACAAAAUCUAGAUCAAUAUUCUUUCAUUAAAUUUUUGUUAAAAAUCUUGCUAUCAAGAUAAAAACAUGAUAAUGAGCCAUAAUAACAAUAUAAAAAAAAUAACAUGUUAUGUUUCUCCUUACUGUUCUGUACAUUGCACAUGGAAGUUAUUUCAUACAAAAAUUAACUUUCCUCCACAGAUUUUACUGUGCACUGGUUCCCAAAGUGAUUUGGUUGUAAGCUUGCAACGAAAAUAUUAGUGGCUCCAUUCGACAAAAUAAUCAAAUACUUAAGUGUAAUUGUGCUAAUGUAUAUAUCCAUUUAUUGUAGAGUACUUACCAUCAUUACUGUCAGUUGCAUAGAGAACCUACCAUCAUUAAUGUCAGUUGUAUAGAGGACCUACCAUCAUUAAUGUCAGUUGCGUAGAGUACCUACCAUCAUUACUGUCAGUUGCGUAGAGUACCUACCAUAAUUACUGUCAGUUGGAUUGAGUAAAUACCAUCAUUAGUGUCAGUUUUGUAUAGUACCUACCAUCAUUACUGUCAGUUGUGUAGAGUACCUAAAAACAAGUCCAAGUAAACAAAUGACAUAACAGAAAAUUGGCCAUUAAAUAUGCUCUUUUUCAAUACAAAUGAAAGAAGAUCUGAUUGAGUUUUUUUUUUGCUCUGCAAUAUUUGCAUUUCCCCGUCUUCCAGCAUGGCAUCAAUUUUAUUGUCAUGAUAAAAUUUUUGUAAAAUAUAUUUCCCUGCUUAAAAAGCUUCAGUUAAAAAUAAAAUUGUGUUCAAAAUUAUUUAAUAUUUUUUAAAGCAAAAUUUUUCUUUUAAUACUUUCUUUUGAAGAGAUGUUUAAACACACUAAAAAUUUGAAAAUAAUUUUCUUUAAAUUCGUUAGGCCCCUUUUUUAGUUUGAAAAUUUGAAUCUAUAAAUUAUCAACACAAAAUAUUUUUUAAGCUAUGACUGCUUAAACAAUACCUGGGAUAGUGACUUAGCUUUAUAUCCAGGCAUCAAACUAAAAAGGAGAUUUUAACCACUGCUGCAUUUUAUACCCCUGGUCACUCUCUGUCCAUUUAUCAGAGUCUAAUAAUUAAAAUGUCCUUCCCCAACCCAAAAUCCUACAGUUAGGACCGAUGAUUACAGUUAGGACCGAUAAAUACAGUUAGGACCGAUGAUUAUUGCAAGCGAAGGGGUAGGGUCGUUGUUUUUCAACACCUUUUCUUAUUUCCCCUUCACUCAGCUCCCCUCCCCACCUUUCUUUCGAUCCAGCAUACCAGACCCACUCAACUCAAAUGCGACCUUACAGGACAGGUAUAAACCAAGCAAGAGGGUCAUGUGUGACAACAACAAAAUUAUGCUACAAAGUUAGAAACUUAAAAACCCUAUGGAUUUGCAAGUAGAAAGUCUCUUUUUUGUUUUUAAAGAAAUAGACUUUAUUAUGUCUGGAGACUAAUUUUUGGGACUGUUGCAACAUGCAUGAUUGGCCAACACAAGAAGAGGAAUAUAAAAAAAAAAAACAGUUGCUCCAAAAUAUUCUUUGUGAAAUUGAAUUGUCCAUGCACUAAAGAAAAUCUGGCUCCUGAUUGCAUGGUUUAGGAAUGGCAAUAUGCAAAAUUCUUGUAGAAAAAUGGUGUUUUAUUAUCUGUAUAUUUAUUGUUAAUAAUAGACUACUUUUAUACAACUGUCAAAUGUGGGUCAAGAAGCUGAAGAUUUUACAACUAUAAGACACACAAAAAAUGAGUAUUUUGAUACAUUGGUUUGACUGUAGGAAAGUAUGAAAGCCAAAUGCUGGUACUACUGCCAUUGACAUACUGUUUUGUUUUGCUUGUGAUGUAAAUACAUAUUUUGUGUAAUUGUACAGUACAUAAUUUGUCUUGAAGAAGUAUUAUUAUUGUGCUUAAUUCAUUCAUGAAACAUACAUAUAUUAAACAGAAUUUUUUUUUUAAAGUUAUGCACAAAUUUAUUUAUGAAUUUUACAUUUUGGUUGAUGUUUCUUUGGUUAAAACAUAGAGAAAAAUAAAAAAUCUUUGUACAAAAAUAUGCAGUAUUGUUCCAAAUAUAGGCCUCUUUGCUUAAAAUCGAGGUGGGGUCUAACAUCAGGAUUUUUUAACAAUAAAAUUAACCAAAAAUACUGGUAGAAGGGAAAAAUCAAAAUUGAGACUUUAUAGAAGUCCCUAAGUGACAAAAUCUGAACCCAAAAAAAAAGAAAAAUUUGGUUACUCUCAUCAAUAUGUCACCAAUGUUUCAUUAAAUAUGUCACCAACGCUUCCACAACAAUAUGCAACCAAUGCUUUCACUAAAUAAAAUUCCAGCUAAAUGCGUCUCUUAAAAAUAUCGCAAGCACGUUUGGUGUAAAAAUUGUCUUUUGUUUUACGGAAAUGGUCUCAUUGUAACUACAGUGUUAUACAAUGUAACUACAGUGUUAUUCAAUGUAACUAUAGUGUUAUACAAUGUAACUAUAGUGUUAUUCAAUGUAACUAUAGUGUUAUACAAUGUAACUAUAGUGUUAUUCAAUGUAACUUUAGUGUUAUUCAAUGUAACUAUAGUGUUAUACAAUGUAACUAUAGUGUUAUACAAUGUAACUAUAGUGUUAUACAAUGUAACUAUAGUGUUAUACAAUGUAACUAUAGUGUUAUACAAUGUAACUUUAGUGUUAUAAAUAUGUGAUAUAAAAGGGGGUGGGCUUAAUAUUAAUAUAUUUCUGAGGCAUGAAAAUGGUGUGUGCGGUUAUGAACUUCUGGGAGGGGAGAGCUCUAAUUGUGAUUUUUAUUAAGAACGUUACUUGAGUGCAUGGUGUGUCCAGUAACUUUAGUGGAUGGGAAUUUCAGGCGAUGGAUGCUACCUAUGUUUUGGCAACCUACAGCUAGUUCCAAAACAAUUACCAAGUAUUGCUAAAUAUAAUUAACUUAAGAAUGUCCAACAACUUAAAGAAUAGGCUUGCUGGUAACGACAUUUCUGGAUAAAUCUCAAAAUAUUUCAUAAAUAAGGAGUUACGGGCGGUGUAAUACAAGUAUAUGUAUAUGUCAUAUGUGUAGCCGCGUGGUGAAGAGACAGCUGACAGUUGUGUUUAUAUAUUUGGUAUGUAUAAACUCAAGGAAAUGCAGGUCUUGAGGACUGUAGCCUUUAUUUGGUUCUUACAGUGCUGUGUAAACAGGAAUGGUAGAAGAAAAUCUUAAGUAAAAGUUCCAAGAAAGAGGAGCUGAAGAAAAGGCUUAAGAAAAGGGACACUAUCUCAAAAGAUACAAAUAGUACAGGUUAACAAUGUCCUGAAUAAUAUUGAAUUACACAGCUAACAAAUAACCAGAUUAAAUAACUUUGUAGUUACAGGUUAUGACAGAAUACACUUAACUACCAAUGCAGAUGCAUGAUGACCAUAUAGUACGUGUUAUACAGAUGCCAAUUGAAAUGAUAUCCUUGAAGAAAUGUUAAAAGAAUUCACGUGGCAGUGUUUAACUUGUGGCACGUACACCGUCGUACAUUCAAAACCAGAUGUGAGGGUCAACAUACAGGUGUGAGAUGUGAGGGUCAACAUACAGGUGUGAGAUGUGAGGGCCAACAUAGAGGGGUGAGAUGUGAGGGUCAACAUAGAGAUGUGAGGGCCAAGAUACAGGUGUGAGAUGUGUGGGUCAACAUAGAGGUGUGAGAUGUGAGGGUCAACAUAAAGGUGUGAGAUGUGAGGGUUAACAUACAGGUGUGAGAUGUGAGGGCCAACAUACAGGUGUGAGAUGUGAGGGUCAACAUACAUGUGUGAGAUGUGAGGGCCAACAUACAGGUGUGAGAUGUGAGGGCCAACAUACAGGUGUGAGAUGGGAGGGCUAACAUAGAGGUGUGAGAUGUGAGGGUCAACAUAGAGGUGUGAGAUGUGAGGGUCAACAUACAGGUGUGAGAUGUGAGAGCCAACAUAGACGUGUGAGAUGUGAGGGCCAACAUAGAGGUGUGAGAUGUGAGGGCCAACAUACAGGUGUGAGAUGUGAGGGUCAACAUACAUGUGUGAGAUGUGAGGGUCAACAUACAGGUGUGAGAUGUGCGGGUCAACAUA